AUGACAGGAGCUCGACUCACAACUCUCAUGCUCUGCCUCAUCGCUGGAGGACUUGUCUUAAGCGCAUCCCGCUUCAGGUCAUCCUCAUACCAGGACCUCAUCGCUCCCGACCUCAUCGACCUCGUCAACCAGGAGCAGACCAAGCUCUCCCUCAACCCCGAGGGGUACAACUACUGCCAAGCACCCCCGCCAACCCUCGAAACAUACCCUGCCCCAAAGGUUAAAGGAGCAACACUACUUCAUUCCCAACUCUUCAUUCGUCAUGGCGAUCGUGCCCCUAUUUCGGCCCUCCCUCUGGAUCUAGACUUGACUUGGGAAUGCUCCAACUCGAGCGCAUACUCGUUUACAGGGCCAGGAUUGGACAGCACCGAAAAGUCGCCCUACCAUUAUGCCCAUGUGGUUGCUCACCAGGUCGUGACCAUCCCCGCCGGAUCUCCUUUUGCAUCAAGUCUCAUGUGGAAGGGCAGCUGUGCACCAGGCCAGUUGACACCAGUGGGAGCAUUGCAGCAUCGCAAGCUGGGCGCAGCACUCCGACAGAUCUAUGUCGACAAACUCAACUUUCUCCCUGAGACUUACGACCCCACCGCCGUGCAUAUUCGCAGCACAGACGUGUGGCGAACAAAGCAAAGUGCUGAGAACCUUAUGGCAGGACUCUAUGGUGUCCAGGGAAAGUCCGCAUCUUCAGCGCCCCCAGUUCUUCAAAUCCACACCUUGCCUACAGAGGUCGAUUACCUGACCCUCAACACCGGGGCAUGUCCACGCAUCUCGCAACUGCGCGCCCACAUUGAAAAGUCGUCAGAGGUGCUCAAGCGGCUGAAGGAUGAUAACGAAGACUUUUCCAAGCAGCUGACAAGGAUCUUGGGCGCAGAGAAGCCUUGGUCAGGAUUCAUGGACACUAUUCUUCCCAGGAUUUGCCACAACAAGCCUUUGCAGUGCCGAAAGGAUGCCAAUGUGGGAAGCGAGAACAAUUGCAUCACUGAGUCCAUUGCCAACCGUAUUCUCGACAAUGUUGCCAUUCAGACGACAGAGAUGUAUCGAGAUGCUCAAGGCGUUUUCGACGUGUUAAGAUUGGGAAUGGGACCCCUGUCGAGCGACAUCAAGGAGAAUCUUCUGGCUGCCAAGGCCCACGGCAAGGUCCGUCUCAGCUUUUAUUCUGGACAUGACACGACUGUCUUGCCUUUGCUCGGACUUUUUGAUGCCGAAGAUAUGAGGUGGCCACCUUAUGCCUCCCACAUCCUUGUCGAGCUGUGGAAGACCCUUCAUGGAGAGUACUUUGUUCGUGUCCUUUAUAACCAGGUAGUGUUGGCCACCAAGUCCAACUGGUGUGACUUGGAGUGGUGUCCAAUGGAUAUCUUUGUGGCGCACUUGGACCGCUUCAUAUCCAAGGAUUUGAUGACUGAAUGUCAGAGGCAGUUGGCAUGGACAUGUGAGCAAAACCUCAUAGACGAGAUCACGACCAUGUUUGGACCCCACCUUGUCGAGAUUGCGAUGAAGCAGGAUACUGUCCGUCUGUCGUCGGAUUCAUCCCGUGGGCAGCAUCGUUCACAAGGACAAAUAAUGGACUCGUCCAACAGUAUGUCGUCUCCUUCGACCACCUCUGAGUCUGCUUGUGUGGCGACGAUGCUGGUGUCAGGACUUGAGCCGAGAGCGGUAAAUUUGAGUCAUGCGAAUGGCGUCUUUUCGGCCGUUCGCCUUACUUGGUUGCAGGAGCUCAGGAUUGUUUACCGGUGCUGUGGUGCGUUAUCGUCAGGAGUAGGAGUAGGAGGAAGGAUGAGAAAGCAGGCUUGUUUUCUGGAUGCGGCGGUUUUUUCUUCGUCGGUAUCACUGUGGUCGAGGUCUGGUGUGGGUUUUCAGGAAAAGGAGGAGGAGGAAAACGAUGAAGUGGCUGUGGUUGAUUUGUCGUAUUGUGAGACGUUGGAAAAGCUGUGGAUCGAGGAUCUGGACAAGGACGGGCGACCACAUCGCUUGCAGUCAUGGAAAACUUCUGUCAAGGACCUCUUUACCACUACCGAGACUGGUGGCGAUAUUGACAGACAGGAUAAUGAGACAAGAAACCUGGUACCCUUUGCACGGAAUCAAGGACUCGUCUUACCGGGGCGCCUCAAAUCCCUGAGCAUGGUAGGCCUAUCCGCAAGCAAGUUCAAUUUCGGAUGGCUGCAGUCGACUCCGAGACUGGAGACACUCAACAUCCACGGAAUGAGGAUGCGAAUUGUCUCGCAGCAACUACCCCCACCAACAACGUCGCCGUUGUGGGACAUUGAGGGAGUCUUCCUCCCACAGUUGAAGCAUUUAUCGAUCCACUAUGCCCCAGCGCGUCAGUUUCGGUUCGAGCUGCUGAAGCAUUGUCCGCGGCUGGUGUUCUUGGAUGUUCGAGAUCUGUGUCCCGGAAUUGUUCGUGAGGCGCUAGUGCACCCGGGAGGAGAACUAGGAACAGCGUCUGCGUCAAGAGCUGGUCAUGGUGGUGGUAGUAAAGAGGAAAGCGGAGGGGAAGAGUCCAUUUUUGCCACCAAAAUUUCGACGUGCAGAUUUGAGUUUCUCCACCCCAACCACAUCCACCACCUCCAAGGAGGAGAGAUGGUCAAGUUGCUGGAGUGGUACCUCCCUCGAUUGAGACACCUUCACUUAGACGGUGUUCCCGCGAAACUGACGAUCGCCAUCACGACUGGUCCACCCGCGCUUCGGAAACAACAACGCUACCAUCGACAACAACCACGAUCAAUUGAGAGACUCGAGAUCACGCCAGCUGCCGCCGCUGCUUCUGAGAGUGAGACGACUGAGGAUGCUAUUACUAGGGUUGCAGAGCUGCCAUGGCUGGAACGUGUGCUGACUCGCGAGAAGGUGACAGCACAAGAAGUCCUGGAGUACCGAUUGGUGCCAUUUAGGAUCGACGAUGUCAAGGGCGAGCAGGGGGAUAGGAUGGUGGAGCGACUUGGGAUGGAGACACACGCAUUGCAGUAUACCAUUGGCGCCAAGACCUGGCAGCGAAGCUUUCCUUGA